AUGCCUAACGCCAUUGGAAUCGAUCUUGGCACAACAUAUUCGUGUGUUGGUGUUUUCCAGCAUGGUAAAGUGGAAAUAAUCGCCAACGACCAGGGUAACAGAACGACACCGAGUUAUGUGGCAUUCACAGACAAUGAGCGUUUGAUUGGUGAUGCAGCGUUGAACCAAGUGGCGAUUAACCCAACAAAUACAGUGUUUGAUGCGAAGCGGCUAAUCGGUCGUCGGUUCGAUGAUCCAUCAGUGCAGAGUGAUAUGAAGCACUGGCCAUUCGAGGUGACCCAAGUCGGUGGGAAGCCGAAGAUUUGUGUUACGUAUAAGGGUGAGAAAAAGACGUUCGCCGCUGAGGAGGUUUCGUCGAUGGUGCUGGUGAAAAUGAAGGAAGUAGCUGAAAGUUAUUUGGGCAGGACGGUGAGUGAUGCAGUUAUAACAGUUCCUGCUUACUUCAAUGACAGUCAGCGUCAAGCAACGAAAGAUGCAGGUGCUAUAGCUGGUCUUAAUGUGCUGAGAAUCAUUAACGAACCAACAGCUGCCGCAAUUGCCUAUGGUUUAGACAAGAAGGUUGGUGGUGAGCGUAAUGUGUUGAUAUUUGAUUUGGGUGGAGGUACAUUUGAUGUGUCUCUGUUGACAAUUGAGGAUGGGAUAUUUGAGGUGAAGUCUACUGCUGGCGAUACGCACUUGGGGGGUGAAGAUUUUGACAAUCGUAUGGUGAAUCACUUUAUACAGGAGUUCAAGCGGAAACACAAGAAAGAUAUCAGUGAAAAUAAGCGUGCAGUGCGUCGUCUGAGAACGGCGUGUGAACGUGCGAAGCGUACAUUAAGUUCAAGCACCCAAACGAACGUGGAGAUCGACUCAUUGUACGAUGGUAUUGACUUUUACACAACGAUUACUCGUGCACGAUUUGAGGAAUUGUGUUCCGAUCUGUUCCAGGCUACAUUGGAGCCUGUUUCGAAGUCUAUAAAAGAUGCUAAGCUCGAUAAGGGUCAAGUUCAUGAGAUAGUGUUGGUUGGUGGUUCCACUCGCAUCCCUAAGGUGCAGAAGAUGUUGCAGGAAUACUUCAACGGGAAGGAGUUGAACAAGUCUAUUAAUCCGGAUGAAGCAGUGGCUUAUGGUGCAGCAGUGCAGGCAGCUAUUCUGAGUGGUGACAAGUCUGAGGCUGUGCAGGACUUGCUGUUACUUGACGUGGCUCCAUUGUCACUGGGUCUUGAGACAGCUGGAGGUGUGAUGACGGCUUUGAUUAAGCGCAACACGACAAUCCCGACGAAGCAGACUCAAACGUUCACGACGUACUCGGACAACCAGCCCGGUGUGCUUAUCCAGGUGUUCGAGGGCGAACGCGCGCUGACAAAAGACAACAAUUUGCUUGGCAAGUUCGAACUGUCAGGUAUCCCACCCGCUCCUCGUGGUGUUCCACAGAUCGAAGUGACGUUUGAUAUAGACGCAAACGGUAUUCUGAACGUUUCUGCCGUCGACAAGAGCACUGGGAAGGAAGGCAAGAUAACGAUCACAAAUGACAAGGGUCGUUUGACAAAGGAGGAGAUUGAGCGGAUGGUUUCUGAUGCGGAGUUGUACAAGGUUGAGGAUGAGAAACAGAAGAACCGCGUUUCUGCAAAGAACUCGCUUGAGAGUUAUGUGUAUGCAAUGAAACAGCGAGUGGAGGGUGAUGAGUUGAAAGGCAAGAUAUCUGAAAGUGAUCGUAAGACGAUAUUGAACGCGUGUGGGGAAGCAAUUAGUUGGCUGGACAACAAUCAGUUGGCGGAGAAGGACGAGUUUGAUUACCAUCAGAAGGAGUUGGAGAAGGUUUGUGCGCCGAUAAUUACGAAGAUGUAUCAGGAUGGUGGUAUGCCAGGAGGCAUGCCCGAAGCAGGUGGUGCGGGUGGUGGAAGUGGUAAGGGACCAACCAUUGAGGAGGUCGACUAG